GCAAGCAAUGCCACCUAGCUUCCUUUUGUUUUGGACAGCAUAAGGUGACCUCCUUCAGGCAGUGCAAUAACUGUUUUCAUAUUUCUUAGUGCCAUCCAGACAGCUUCUUCCUCACUGACCACGCACAGAAUACCUCGCAGUACUUUGGGAGAUUUCUAACAUGGCAUUCCCUGUCCCUGGCUGGUACAAUUAGCAGUGGUUUCAUCUCUUCUUUGGUUGUUUGGAUUUGUUGGAUUUGUUCUGCUUUUGCUUUUCUGACUGCUGAUAGUCCCUUGUGACUGUCCCUCACACCACUAAGCUAUUUCCCAGAGCCACUGGAGGAGAGGCUGUUAUAACUGUGCCUUAAGCAGCCAUGUCAGCUAAGGUAUUUCCUUUUGCUAAUGUGUUUUUUUGAGUGUCUGCUCUGACAACUAGGCAUAGUCCAUUAGAUCUAACUGCUGCAACUUCUCACAUUCUUCAAAGACAAUAGAAAGGGUAAAUUACAGGAUGCUAACAGAGGAAUCGUGAGAUUUGGAGAGCUUAACCACAGGCAUGAAACAAUGACUUCCAGCUAGCUUUUUACAGGCAUUUCACCAUAUGCUAUAAGGACCUUCCUAUAGCAUCAGUGGCAGCAGUACAAAGAUGUAGGGGAUAGCCCUCUACAGUGCCUACACCAAAGGAAAUAUUCCCUCUGCAGAGACCCACAGUGAAGUCAAAAGGAGUUGUACAAGCUAGCUUGAAGUCAGAACAAUAAAGAAGCUCCCUGCAAAGCCAGAUGGUAUUGUAUAGAAUGGAAAUGUGCUCAGCUAAGGAAGAUAAAGCAAAAAAACAGGAGAGAAUAAAGCUUUCAGAUUCUAUGAUAGAAUAUCAAGCGAAAGACUGAAGGUGCAGUUUUGUUUUGUUUUGUUUUUUACAACAAAGUUAUUUGAGGAUAUUAGGCAAUGUGGAACUUGGCAAAAAUUGUGACAGAUCUGCUGUUUGUUACAGACAUCACAGAAAUGCAAAGGAAACAAGUGGUUUGGCAAUAGGUUGGGAAGUGAAAAUAUGGGUACAUCCCCACAUGCAACAUACUUUUGGACUGGAAAACCAGGAGUCAAAAAAUCAUUAGUAAUGCCAUGUUUUGCCAGGUUGAUAUGCUGACGUAUCCCUGCCUAUUUUCCGUAUCAUUCGGGAUAAUUUCUCUUGGGUAGAAUUGUUUUUGAUGGUUCUCCUUUGACUGAAGAGUCAUUUUGAUUUAUUUACUGUGAUAGAUGAGUCAGAGAACCAUUUGUAAGCAAAAGACACAAACCUUUGCUGAUUCUGUUGUCUCACAGAUUUCAUUCUGCUGCAGCUUUUGGCUGAGCAUUUCUGCCUGGGAUGGCGGAGGAUCAGGAGCUGACUCAGCCACACAAAGCUCAACUCGAGUCCUCCCUUCAGCAGCGCACCAGCAACACGUACCGCAGUGCGGAGCACUCUCAGGCUUUGCUCAGUGGCUUGGUAUCUCUCCGAGACAGCAGCAUCCUCUUUGAUGUAGUUCUUGUAGUGGAAGAGAAACCUAUUGAGGCUCAUCGGAUACUGCUAGCUGCAUCUUGUGACUAUUUCAGAGGAAUGUUUGCAGGAGGACUGAGAGAGAUGGAACAAGAAGAAGUUCAUAUUCAUGGCAUCUCCUACAACGCAAUGUGUAAAAUCUUGAAUUUCAUUUAUACUUCUGAGCUGGAACUCAGUGUCAACAGUGUACAGGAAACCUUAGCUGCAGCCUGUCAGCUUCAGAUUCCAGAAGUCAUUAAGUUCUGUUGUGAUUUUCUAAUGUCGUGGGUAGAUGAAGAGAACAUCCUGGAUGUAUACAAACUAGCUGACCAUUAUGACUUGAGACAUUUGAGCGAUCAGCUGGACUCCUACAUUUUGAAGAACUUUGCAGCUUUCUCAAGGACACAGGCGUACCGACAGCUACCCUUGCAGAAGGUCUACUCCCUUCUCAGUAGCAACCGUUUGGAGGUUAACUAUGAAUUUGAAGUUUAUGAUGGUGCACUUUUUUAUCAUUAUUCUCCAGAGCAACUGGAGACAGAUCAGGUCUCCCUGAUGGAGCCCCUUAAGCUACUUGAGACAGUUCGUUUUCCUCUGAUGGAACCCCAGAUCCUGCAAAGGCUUCACGACAAAUUAAGUCCAUGUCCUUUAAAAGAUACAGUUGCAGAUGCACUAAUGUACCACAAGAAUGAAUGUCUUCAGCCAAUGCUCCAGAGCUCCCAGACACAGCUGAGAUCAGAGUUCCAGUGUGUAGUGGGAUUUGGAGGGAUGCAUUCUACUCCAUCCAUUGUUCUCAGUGAUCAAGCCAAGUAUCUGAACCCCCUGUUGGGAGAGUGGAGGCAUUUUACAGCUGCACUAGCCCCCAGAAUGUCCAACCAGGGGAUUGCUGUUCUCAAUAAUUUUGUAUAUUUAAUUGGCGGAGACAACAAUGUAAGUGGUUUUCGAGCAGAGUCAAGGUGUUGGAGGUAUGACCCACGACACAACAAAUGGUUCCAGAUCCAGUCCCUACAGCAAGAGCAUGCUGACCUCAGUGUUUGUGUUGUGGACAAUUAUAUAUAUGCCGUCGCAGGCCGAGAUUACCAUGAAGACCUGAGAGAAGUGGAGAGGUAUGACCCUAAAAGCAACACUUGGGAAUAUGUGACACCUCUGAAGAAGGAGGUAUAUGCACACGCUGGAGCAGCACUGGAUGGGAAGAUGUAUAUUACCUGUGGGAGGAGAGGAGAAGAUUAUUUGAAGGAGCUGCAGUGUUAUGAUCCAAAGACUGACCGCUGGGAAGUUUUAGCAGAUGGUCCAGAGAGACGUGCUUGGCAUGGGAUGGCUGCACUGCUGGGAAAGCUCUAUGUAAUUGGAGGAAGCAACAAUGAUUCUGGAUACAGAAGGGAUGUUCACCAGGUGAGAGCAUAUCAUAUCUAUGUCUUAGAAGAGUCUGUUUCUUACAGAUGCUUGCACACUGAUGUCUUUCUCCUCUUAAGUACACAAGUAAAACUCUCUAGCAUCAGCUCUCUUCCACUUAAUUGCAGAACUUGCCAUGAUUUAUUUGCUGCUGUCUUGAACGCAUUGUCUAAGCAUUAAAGCUGUAGCAUUUGAGAUUCAUGUAAAUUUUAAAGUAUUUUUGCUGAAUGACAUUCACUCCCAUGCAUAUAGCCCAUAAGUAGCACAUCAGCUGAGUUUCCUUUAAUUGCAUUUUUUCCUAAGUUAAGAACUUUGGAAUCAGCAAUGUACAAUUGCAGGACAGGGUUUGUUAAGGAUACGUUUGGAAAGCACAAUCAAUGGAUUGGAUGGAAUUGUCUAAUGCAAUAAAAUGUACAGUACCUGAUGGGCAGUGAUGACUGGAGAAUUUUCUUGUGUCUCAUUCUGACUCCUAUAACUGCUAAAGACGUGACAAAAGGCCAAAAAA